GUAAUAGUCGCAUUGAAAUUGUAGCAGUUAGUAAAAGUUUUGACUUUGUAACUGGUGAUAAUUGAUCGUUUGAAUGACAAUAAAUUAUUGGUGGAGUUCAUUGAAAUAUUCACUGCUCAUUUAAUUAUUGUACGAUAGACAAAAAUUGGGCAAUCGGUUGGUAAAAGAAUUUCAAGGUUAAUUAAAUUUCAAGAUCAACGCGACGAUAGCAAAAAGGACAGAUCCAUAGUAUAGAGGCUAAAGAAGCUUCAAGAUACCAAUAUUGUCACCUCAUCAUCAUGUCGCAAGUAGUUCGAACGCGGUGAAAACAUUUAAGUGUAACAUUUAAAAAGAAACUCGAACAGGAGAACCCGAACGCAGGUUCGAUCGCCUGAAUAGGUGGGAGAAUUCGUUGCUUCGAAGGUAGGCAAGGCUGUAUAUAAAAUCAAAGGAAGCUAUCGAAAAGGUGUCAUACGCAUUUACGCAUUUACGCAUACUACAUACGAGUUAAAAACGUACUCUCUGUAUACGUUCAACAUUGUUCAUAGAUCCUUGAUACGAAAUGCAACGAAACAAUACAGCGAUGCAGUCCAUUAUCAUCGUAAUUUUUGCUGUUUGUUGUUAUGUCGUACCGUACGUAAUAGCUAAACAAGAUACUUUACCAUCGAUAGAGACUAGUUCUUCUAUUGUCGAUCAGUCUGCUGUCCAAACGGCGAUUAACGAAGAACAUUCGGAUGCUACGUUAAAUAGGCAAAAGAGGACACUUUUGUUGAAGAAAAAACUUAUCGGAGCAGGCCUUUUGGGUUUUGGGCUGGGUGCCAUAAAAGGAUACAAAGUUGGUUACAAGACUGCCCCACAAGUUCAUCAUGUAUAUUUGUCAGCUCCUCCAGCAUCCGUAAAAUACGUUGAAUACAUUGACAAGCCAAUUUUCAUUGAAAGGAUAAUUGAAAGGCCAACUCCGGUGUUUAAACCGAUACACGUUGAAUACAAAGAUUCUUCUCCUUAUGGGCCUUGGUAAUAUCAAAAUCGUCAAUCAAGCUGGCAAAUAAUUAUGUGAAAGUUGGCUAAAAAGUUAUUGAAUAACAAUGCAAUACUCAUCAGAGAAUCAGGAAGAAAAAUCUGUGAAUUGAAAGAAAUUGUACUUGUAUUACUAUUGUUAAAACGUCACGUCCCGUCGUGUCGCGUUGUAUUUGUUGGUUCAUUUUCACCUACACACGUACACAUAUGUACGCGAUCUAUGCAAUCUAUGCAUACGUUCAAAUUUUAUUGUAUAAUCGAAUAAAAUGAUACUUGAUCCAUUUAA